AUGGCCACGCGCGCUGAUUCAUCAAGGUACGACCGUGACCGUGGACGCUACUCUCCCCCCCGCCGUGCCCGCUCGAGGUCGCCUGCACGCCGUGACCGUUCGCGAGACCGCCAUUCAGAUCGCUACGGCGGUGGACGCCUUCGAGAUGACCGCGAGCGAGUCCGUGAUAGGGAUCGAGACAGCCAUCGCCGCGAUGACCGCCGAGAGCGAGACUCGCAUCGCCGCCGCUCGCGUUCUCCACCUGGCCGCCGCGACCGAUCUCGUGAGCGAACCUCGGAUCGCUAUAGGCGUGACCGUGAUCAUGAUGACCGGGACAGGCGUCACCGCUCCAUGUCACACCGGCCAGGCUCGCGAGCUUCUACAACGCCAGCUCCCGACAGUAGGCGUGACCGCCUAGACAGCGCAGCGCGUGAUGAAAAGAAGAAGGACCCAGAGACGCAGGCCAAAGAGAAACUAGCUGAGCGAGCCGCUAAGCUGGCAGAGUGGAAGAAGCGCAACGCUGAGCGCCUGGCAAAAGAGAAGGGCGACACGCCUGGCUCUGGAGCCUCACCAAUUGGCACUGCACCCUCGACACCUACAGUCGCUGCACCAACACCCCCGCCAGCUAGCGAGAUCAAGCAAGACUCCACUAUCGCUAAGGCUAAAGUUCUGCAGAAGAGCGCUACUGAGAAGGUCAAACAGAAGCUACCUGAAAAGUCGACCUUUAAGCUUGACGAGUCGGCUGCUGCACGGCCACUGUUGACCAAGCCUGCCGGCAAGCCAGUCACCACCGCUGUUAGCAAUCGUGCUGCCGCACAAGCCAAGGCAAAUGGCAACAUCGGCUCCUUCGGUCUUAAAGCUAAGUCUGCCACCGAGGCUGAAACCACCAAGAAGACUCUGCUCGACGACGAGGUCGACACUAGCAAGCGCAAAUUUCAAGCGCUUCCCGACUUUACGCCGGGUGAUGAGCAUGAGCCUGCGGUCGAUGAUGUCGAGGACGAUGCUGCCAUGAGCGACAUUGGCAGCGACGAUGACGAGACUAAUGCGCAGCUCCAGGCUCAGCUCGAGAAGCGUCGGGCAGAGAUCGCAGCCGAGAAUAUUGCAAACGAAGACACUACCAUGGAAGAAGUCCCCGCCGUCGACGAAUCUGGCGAGAAGAUGGACGUUGACGAAACCGCAGGCGCCGAGGAAGACGAUGUCGACCCGCUUGAUGCCUUCAUGGCCGAUCUCUCCGAGGUGCAGCCGAGCCGCAGAGCCCCAACCGGCGAAGCUAUGUUCAACGACGAUAUUGAACCGGAGCAGACCUCUGUCGAGGCUGAGGAUCUUCUCGCUCUUCGUGCUGCCAAGAAGAAAAAGAAAGAGGUUCCCGCCGUUGAUCACGAGAAAGUUGAGUACGAGCCAUUCCGUAAAGACUUCUACACUGAGCCAGCCGAGGUCACCCAGAUGACACCAGAGGAAGUCGCUGAUCUUCGACACGAACUCGACGGCAUCAAGGUGAAACCCGAUGAUGUGCCUCGACCCGUUACGAAAUGGGCUCAGAUGGGCUUGCUGCAGGCCACCAUGGAUGUGUUUACCAGGGUGCGCUACGAGAGGCCGACCUCAAUUCAAUCACAAGCUAUCCCGAUUGCUGAAUCAGGCCGUGAUCUCAUUGGAGUCGCCAAGACUGGCUCCGGUAAGACACUCGCAUUCGGUAUUCCCAUGAUUCGUCACGUCCUCGACCAGCGCCCUCUCAAGCCUUCAGAUGGUCCAAUCGGACUAAUUCUGGCUCCUACUCGAGAGCUGUCUUUGCAAAUCGUGAAUGAGCUCAAGCCUUUCCUCAGUGCUUCUGGCAUCACGAUCAAGUGCGCAUAUGGUGGACAACCCAUCUCCGACCAAAUUGCUAUGAUCAAGCGUGGCGGCAUUCACAUUCUGUGCGCGACUCCUGGACGUCUGAUCGAUCUGCUGCAGAGCAACUCGGGUCGUGUCCUCAACUUCAGACGCAUCACGUACGUUGUUCUUGACGAGGCUGACCGCAUGUUCGACAUGGGCUUUGAGCCUCAAGUUAUGAAAAUCCUUGCAACUGUGCGUCCUGAUCGUCAGACCAUUCUCUUCUCGGCCACGUUUCCGAAGAACAUGGCUGCCUUGGCCCGUAAGGCCCUUAACAAGCCUGCUGAAGUGAUCAUCGGCGGCCGUAGCAAGGUCGCACCUGAGAUUACACAGGUCAUUUCGCUUGUACAGCCUUCGUACGAGAAGAAGGUCAACAGGACUCUUCUACAUCUUGGCCAGCUCUUUGCUGAAGAUGAGAAUUCUCAAGUAUUGAUCUUUACCGAACGUCAAGAGACGGCUGAAGAUCUCUUGUCGAAGCUUUAUAAAGCCAAAUACUUUUCUGUCAACACGAUCCACGGAGCUAAAGAUCAAACAGAUCGUAACGAAGCUAUUAACGACUUUAAACAAGGUGUUCUUUCCAUUCUCAUUGCUACUUCAGUUGCAGCUCGUGGUCUCGAUGUGCCCGGCCUAGCCAUGGUCUUCAACUUCGACUGCCCGACGCACUUGGAAGAUUACGUUCAUCGUUGCGGACGCACUGGGCGUGCAGGUAACAAGGGUACUGCCAUUACACUUAUCGAGAACCCUGGCCAAGAGCGCUUUGCUGUUCACGUCGUCAAGGCACUAAGGGAGAGCGGUACAGAUGUUCCAGAGGACUUGCAGUUGAUGGCUGACACUUUCCAUGAGAAGGCUAAGUCGGGCGCCGAAAAGUACUAUGGCGGCUUUGGAGGCAAGGGUCUCGACAAGCUUGACGCUGCACGUGCGCUGGAGAAGAAGCGAGAGAAGCGUGCACUCAAGCUGGAAGGCGAAGAAGAGAGCGAGGAGGAAACUGAACUACCUGCAAUCAAGAAACCUGAAGUGUCCGGACCGGGUGUUGCUAAGCCUGCUGAAGGCACUGCAGCCGAACCAGAAGAACAGCCGUCCUGGAUGAAGCUCUUGAACAGCAAGAUUGUUGUCAGCAAGACCGAGCGUCCAGAGGCUUCUCACUCCGGCAAGCCAAUGACUGCUAGGGAGAAGGCUGAAAUGGCUGCUCAAAAGGUUGAUGGUCGUCUUAGCAAGAAGGGCAUGAUCCAUGCAGGCCAGCCUAUCGACAACAAGGGUCCCGAUGCUGGUCUCUACCAUUCGACUAUCGAGAUCAACGACUUCCCGCAGAAGGCUCGAUGGGCUGUCACCAAUCGCACUAAUGUCGCAAAGAUACUGGAGUCCACUGGUGUCUCCAUCACCACCAAGGGUACCUUCUACCCAACGGGCAAAGAGCCGUCAGAGACCGAUCUACCGAAGCUAUACAUUCUUGUCGAAGGCGAUACCGAGAAUGUAGUCACACAGGCCAUGAUGGAACUUACUCGCCUCUUGCGCGAGGGAACGAUUGCAGCGGAGGAUGCAUCUGCUGUUCGUGGUCCUACUGGUCGGUACAGCGUAGUCUAG